AUGGCCAGGCACUGCCCAAACCUGCUGCUCUUGGUGGCCACUGUAGCCCUUGUGUUCACAGGUGUCUACGCUUGGGGAUUGCCGAAGGUGGUAAGGAAAUUUGAAGACAUCCCGGAAACCUACGUCUAUGUACAGCAGGCACUGUGGUUCGCCAUGAAAGAAUAUAACAGGGCCAGCAAAGACAAGUACACCUUCAAGAUAGUGAAGGUUCUGAAGUCCCAGGAGCAGGUCACAGAUAGUUUGGACUACUUUCUUGAAGUCAAAAUUGCCCGAACAAUGUGCAAGAAAAUUUCAGGGGAAAAUGAAAACUGUUUAUUACAACAGGAUCCCAAAAUGCAAAAGGUAUUUCUUUGCACCUUUAUUGUGGCAUCCAAACCUUGGAAAUUUGAACUCACUAUGCUGAAGAAACAAUGCAAAGAUGUCUAA